AUGGCACUCCAAGCUCUCAACUCCCCCACGGCGGCCGGCGCGCCUUCCUUCCCGUUCGAGGAGGUGCCCAGCCUCCACCGCCUCGCCGAGCCAUGGACCAAGCGCAAGCGCUCCAAGCGGCCCGCCGCGGGUCACGCCCAGCCCACCGAGGACGAGUAUCUCGCGCUCUGCCUCGUCAUGCUUGCUCGCGGCACCACCAAUUUCGACUUCUCUUCUUCCCACCGCCCCCGCUCUGCCUCCCCUGUUCCUCUCUCGCAAGAGACCACUGCGGAGGAGAAGCUGCUGAGCCACAAGUGUGCCGUCUGCGGGAAGGCUUUCUCCUCCUACCAGGCUCUGGGCGGCCACAAGGCCAGUCACCGAAAAUCGGUCUCCGGUGAUAAGACUUCCAGUACUACUACUACUACCAGCACCGUUGCAGCCGGCGCAACAUCAGGGAGCGGGAAGUCUCACGAGUGUUCGAUCUGUCACAAGAGCUUCCCCACCGGUCAGGCGCUGGGUGGGCAUAAGCGGUGUCACUACGACGCCGAGAAGAGCGGAAUUGCUUCUUCUACAGUCACCGCAACAGCGAGUGUCUCUGAGGGUGUGGGGUCCACAACCACGAUGAGUAACAGGGGAUUCAUCGACCUCAACCUGCCGGCCCUGCCGGAGUUCGCGGCCGGGGACUUCUUCUUGUCCGGCGGCGGGGAGGACGAGGUGAUGAGCCCGUUGCCGGUGGCGAAGAAGCCCAGGGUGGUGAUGGCGAUAGCAGCGGCGGCGGGGUCCAAAGCGGAAGUCGUCUCCUCUCAGUAG